AUGCGAACAUUAGCGCCGCCGCUUUGGGGAGUAUUGAGCCUGCUGGCCAUAUGCUAUAUACAAGUGGGCGUGGCACACUUGCUGCUGCCUGCGGCUGGCACAUAUUUGUUGCCACCACAGCCGCCUGUUUUGUGGUUAGUGCAAGCGCCAGUGCCGCCAGCAGCUGAUGAUGGCAGCUAUAAGCCACCAGCAGCAGGAGAAGAUGGACUAUGGACACCGCAGCCAGGACUAGAAGGUGAAUAUGUGGAGUUGACAACGAGUGAAGGCGCGCAGGCUGAGACAAACGAAGCGACGCUGAGCAGCAACAGCGAUGGCUCAGCUGCUGCUGAGGAUGCUGCUGCACCUGCAGGAGCUGGAGGUGCUGGUGGCGCUGGACAAGCAGGACAAGCUGGUGGUGUUUUGGGAGGCGCUGGUGGACAAGGUGGAGCUGGAGGCGGCGGCAGUGCAGGUGGUGGCGGCGGCGGCGGUGCUGGCGGUGGCGGUGGCACUUUGACCUCUGGCGAAAGUGGACAAAAUGGUCAACCAGGCGGCGCUAGUCCUGCUGGCCCACAGCCCGAUGGUGAAGAUGGUGCUGAUGGCGCAGACGGAGCCAACGGACCUGAUGGCUCAAUAGGCGGCAAAGGCGGCAAGGGCGGCAAAGGCGCACGCAAUGGCGCUGGCGGUGCGGGCGGCGGCGGCGGCGCUGCACCACAGCCUGGCCCAGCUACACUGCCAGUAGCUGCUCUUAUAUUGCCAGCUCCUGUAUGGCCUGAGUAAGCUGCCAUCAAUUUUGAUAUCAAUGCCAGCCCACGAUUAUGUCUUAAAUCUCUGUUUAGCUCUAAGUCUAGUCAAAGUCUAAGAUUAACAGCAAGCGAAUAUUAA